AUGUCUUUCUCUUUCAUUGCAGCAAGUGCCACAGCCCCAACGGUUUUCCCAUUGCCUCCCUGUAGCCAAGACUCCUCUACUGCCUCCCAGGUCUCCAUAGGUUGUCUGGUCUCUGGCUACUUUCCUGAACCAGUCACAGUGCAAUGGAAUUCAGGAGCCAUCUCCAGCGGCAUCCGGACCUUCCCUGCACUAUUGGAUUCAUCCAGGGGCCUCUACACUCUCACCAGCCAGCUCACCAUCCCAACCAGCACCUGGGAAUCGGAGAAGUUCCAAUGCAAUGUCACACAUGCAGCUACCGGCUCUGAAAUCACCAAGGAGAUUGAGCGUGAGUCUGGCUGGGCCAUUGUUAUCUGCUUUCUUUUUGACCCUCAAAUGGACACUCAAUAUGGUGAAAGAAAGGAAAGCGAAAUACUUUGGUGGAGAGAGUUGGGGAAUAGAUGCAAUAUUUUUGGGUGCCGCUAUUGUCUGGUAAGGGACGUGGGUGGCGCUGUGGGUUAAACCACAGAGCCUAGGACUUGCCAAUCAGAAGGUCAGUGGUUCAAAUCCCUGCAAUGGGGUGAGCUCCCGUUGCUCAGUCCCAGCUCCUGCCAACCUAGCAGUUCGAAAGCACCUCAAAGUGCAAGUAGAUAAAUAGGUACCGCUCCAGCGGGAAGGUAAACGGCGUUUCCGUGUGCUGCUCUGGUUCGCUAGAAACGGCUUAGUCAUGCUGGCCACAUGACCUGGAAGCUGUACGCCGGCUCCCUCGGCCAGUAAAGUGAGAUGAGUGCCGCAACCCCAGAGUCGGUCACGACUGGACCUAGUGGUCAGGGGUCCCUUUACCUUUACUUUAUUGUCUGGUACCAAGGCACAUUAAGCAGGCAGCGCAAGAAAUGGUCUCUGCCCAACAUGGCUUACAACUGAAAUGUGGGGGUUGGGGGACAGAGAGAGAAAGCUUGGAAUUGCUCAUUCAGUACCAGACGUGAGGUAAGGAAAAGGCAGGUUCAGUAGUCAGGGACAAGUUGAAGAAACACUCAGAGGCAACUUUUUUGAAUACAUUUCAAGGUUUGGUUGUUGAAUUUACAAUGAUUCGUGGCUAUUUAUUUUUAAAUUUUGUUUAUUGCUGCUUUAUUCUGGGAACAAAGUUACAAAUAUUAGUAGUGUAUACACCGUGUUUGCUGCCGUGGGCAUUCAUGACCCCCACCUUUAAUAUCUUAUAUGAGCUGUCAAGCUGUAGAAGGAGUGAAGUGAAUUAAGAAAUGGGGGUGGGGGUGGAUAUUCCUGAGGCCCAAUAACUUGUAAUGAUGGAAGGAAUGGCUAGGAUUGAUCACCUUGUGCUAUCCUUUGUGCUGAAGCAGGCAAGGCAAAGCAUGAUAGCUACAGGGGUGAGGCAAGCUUUGAACAGGGAUACAAAGUAGGAAAACAGUGCAUUUCUGAGUGAGUGUUCAAAACAUUGGGAUCAUGAUAUCAAAAGGAGGGAAGAAUAGUAAUAGGAGAACCAAAAGAUGUCAGUGGCAGAUGAACCAGUGGCCACUCACCCUCCAGUCUUCUAACUAAGCGGAUUCCUCUGCUUGGGUCUCAGGGCUUACGCUGAGUGGUAGACAAGUAGACAAGUGGCGUCCUAUCAAAUCUGUCCUUCUCUGGAUUUUGCAAAGCAGUUCUCCAGCCAAGUAGUAUGUACAAAAAUGCAUCAACUAGGGGGAAUUGUGCCCCCACACCAAUAUAUGAUAUGAAUAAUGUAAAAAUCCAUCAUAUUGAGAGCACUGCUUAGCAAAAAUGUUUAUGUUAUGCAAAAUUGCAUACAAAGGUUUGUAUGUUAGGAGAAAUUUGGAUUAAAAUGCACAUGAGUAAGACCUUGUUUUUUAAAAUAGUUGCAAACUGAUGUGGAGAACUGGGAGAAUAAGAAACUAAGAGGAAACCGAAACUGACAAUUUCACCCAUCCCUACCUCUCAUAAAUUAUAUCCUUCCAGGCUCUAUUGCACUACCUCCAGUGGCCCCAGAAGUCCGCCUGCUCCAUUCCUCCUGCAAACCCAGAUCCAGUGAUGCCACCAUUGAGCUGAUGUGUGUGAUCUCUAGCUUUUACCCCAAAAUGCUGACAGUGGAAUGGCUGGUGGGUGGGCAAGCUGGGCUCCUAGCUUCAUUCACUGAGCAGCCCAGGAAAGAUGCCCACGGAUACACCUUCAGCACCACAAGCACAGUCAACGUCAGCCAAGAAGACUGGCAGGCUGGGAAUACCUACUACUGCCAGGUGUUCCACGAAGAAACCCAAACCAAAGUGAAAAGCAAAGCGAAGAUAUGUGAAGGUAGGAAAGGUUGACUGAGCUGGCACUUGUGUUUUCCUCUGUUUUGGUGGGCAUGGACUGGAAUGCAAGGGAGAGGAGGACAACUGCUUCCAGAUUAUUGAGAAUCCUCUCAUGUAUGUGAUAAUAAUUUCAAGACAGCCUCCUCCCUAAUUCAUGUCUAUAUAGCUGCUUUCAAUUAAGGCCCAUUGAAAUAAGGCUUUGCCCACUGCCUACCAUGUCCACAUUACCUUACUGAUAGUGUUGCUGUUUUCCAUUUCUACUCUGCCGCAAGAAGUGGCAAGCCCCUAAAACAGCAGAGAAGUGGGGGGUGGUUAGAGAACUAACAUGAAAUUUGCGUCUCCAGAUAAUGCUGAAUGCCCCUCCAGCGGCAUUAAUGUGCACAUCAUACCCCCAACGCCACAAGACCUGUAUGUAAACAAUGACCCCAAGCUCACUUGUGUGGUGGAGAAUCUGGAAAACGCAGAUGGGCUGAAAGUCACCUGGUCACGAGCGGAUUCUGGACCCGUGAGCCCAGAACUACUGGAAGUGAAAGAAGAACGUAAUGGAAGGUUCACUGCUACCAGCUCCCUCCCUGUCACCACGUGGCUGCAGGGUGAGAAAUUCACCUGCAAUGUGGAAUAUCCAGGCUUGACUGCUCCCAUCACUAAGACCAUUGCCAAGACAACAGGUAAGGGGGGGAACAGAGUUGGUCUCCCAUCAUGGGGCUGGUUUCCUUGUGUUCCAGCAGGAAAGAGAAUACUUAAACACACAGCACCACUUGGCUCAUCUGCAAUCUACACUGCAGACACACUUUGCAAUUUCACACAGUCUGGUGGGGGUAUUGUGCAGGUUUGCACAAUCAUUCUACACUUGUCUCUGCUCACAGGUUUUUAUGGUGCUUGAAAACACACAACACCACUUGGCUCAUCUGCAAUUCACACUGGAGACAAACUUUGCAGUGGCAAAGGAGGUCUGGAAAACCAUUCCCCUUUGCUCACAGGUUUUUAUGGUACUUGAAAGACCUGCAAUGCAUUUUUUUUAUUAUUAGAAGGCAACUCUUGGACCAAGGGGAGGGACGGGUGCGUCCCCCACAGGGGUCAGUGACUCUCACAUAACAAUUUUCAUUCCCAUAAGACUAUUGCCAUCUCCACUCUAUUGAUAUUGUUUCCCCAGCAUUGAUUGAACCUAGAUGAAAGAUUGAGCCGGUUCUGUUUAAAGCAGUUCUUCAUGCCCUUUCCCUGAUGGCCCGGUUCACACAUUGUGGAGCUACCUGGGUAUCUGCUGUGCAGAGGUUGCUGCAUGAGCAUUGCAAGAUUUUAAACUAUGCUUGCCUUUCGACCCCCGGCCCUGCAGGAACUUGAGCAUACCAAUAACUUCUCAGUAAAGUCUGGGAUUCUGUGUGCUGCAUGAUAUCCGUAUAUAUAUUGGGAAGCAGGGCUGUUGAAAUCUUAAAUCACUGCUAUCUCAUGUAGUUCAGAUAAUAUAAUUGGCCAGUUAGGGUAAUUAUUGGGAACAUGAUGCUGCUAUGAAGUGUGUGUGGACAGUCUGCAAUGACCCUGUCUGGAGUACCUAUGUUCAAGACAACAAAAUCACAGUCUUUCCCUACAAGACCCUCAUUCUCAACAUUGCAUUCACUAAUUUGGCUUAAUGUUAAUAAUUGUUGCUUCCUCCGUUUCUCUCACACAUUUCGCCCCCUCCUCUCAAAAAGGCACGAGAACCCCUCCCGGAGUGUUCCUCUACCCCCCUCACCACGAGGAAAUCAACGCUCAGCCACCAAUGCUGACCCUCACCUGCCUGGUCACAGGAUUCACCCCAAAAGAAGUUUCUAUCCAGUGGCUGAGGAAUCACAAUGCCAUGCCUGAAGACCAUCAUGUCAACACGCCGGUCAUAAAGGACAACAAGAACGACUCCUACUUUCUAUACAGCCACAUGAAAAUCCCAUUCGCUGACUGGAACAACGGAGUUUCACACACCUGUAUGGUUAUCCACGAAGCCCUCCCCAUGAAGUUCACCCAGAGGACCGUGGAGAAAACCCAGGGUAAAAAAUGAUGACCAUCCCUCCUACGGCAUUGCAACCUCUUCAGCCUCUCCCAGAUUUUCCUCUAGCAUUGUUAGAUAAACCCUGUGUAAAUAAUUUCCAUGCAUGCGUGUUUGGCCUGUGGCUGAAUAAAAAGAGAACCAACUCAGAUAUAUCCCAUGUUGUGGUCAUUUGCAGGGGAAUCAAUGACUGGGGUGGGGUGGGUGUGUUCUGGAAAGCAAGGAGAGAAUGGAUUAAGGGGGUCUUCAUGAUAUUGGAAGCAAAAUGUAUUCGCCAUUAUCAGAGCUAUGCCAUGGGGAGCAGGGAAGUUGCAAAGGUCAGUAUAUGUGUAGUUUUACUGCUCACAACAGGCCCUUGCUAUGUCCCAGAAGUGAGAGUGAUUUGGUCCAAAGACACCCAGUGAGCUUCAUCUAGUUAAGUGGUGAUUUGAAUCUGGGUCACCUUCCACCGGACUCAAGUCCAGCAUCCUGUCAUUUGCUCCACCCUGACUUCCAUCUACACAUGUCCACACACAGGAAUUUGCUCUCCUUUUAACGUUUAAACAACAAAGAGGCUGUUGUAACAUUAAAGAGGAAUAUUUAUGUACCCGUCUCUCCCACAAAGAUUCUGUUACAGAUCCCCCUCAACCCCAUUACCACCACCACCAUCAGUAGCUUUGCCACGGCCUCAACUGCCCCACCAGGUCUCAGCUCCUGAAUGGAAUUGUUGUUCAAACUAUCCAAUCAUGGCAGAGGCUGCAGUGUUCACUGCAGGCGCAGAAACAGUAUUAUAACUCAGUGUUCUGUGUAUUAGAAGCUGAUAUAUAAUAUACAGCAGGAAAAGAGGCUGUAAAGGACAGUAUAAACAAGCAAAGAAGAAGCAGCAACAGAGCAAGGCGAGCAGAAAAUAAAGCAGGCCCAAGAUGCUAACAAGGCUCAAGUAGCUCAUACAGAGGCGACAGAUUUAGAUACAUUGCAGCAUAUGUGGGGAAAACAUGAACCCAUAUAUAUAAAACAAGGGAGUGAAAAUAAAAAGGCUGGGGAAUGGCGGACAUGAUUGUAGAGAAACAAGAGCUAAAUGCAUUUUUAAACAUAUACCAAUAGUAAUGAUAAUGAUAAUUUUAAAUCUGAAACAUUCACCCAAAAUCAAAGCCAAAGCCUCGUCUGCUAAUUUUGCCUUCUUGAUAUGAAAAUAUACAUAUAAUAUGGAGAGACCUGCCCAUAUUAGAAGAUCAGUGGGAAAUUAUUUUGCAAUGCCCUUCUCCGUCUUCCCCAAAUCAGGAAAUAUCUUACAAGAUGUGAGAAGCUGACUUUUAUUGAGCCUCAUCUGCCCUCCUUCUCAGCCUAAUGCAUGUCACUCUGACAAGCUCUUCAAGCUCCCCUUAAAUGUUCUUAUAGAAGCAGUUAAGAGAAGCUGAGACAAAUGCAUAGAUCUCAUUGCAGUUGUUGGCUGUGAUCACUAUUUGAAAUCCUCCUUUUCAGAGGUACUGUGCUUCUGAAUGCCAAUUGCAGAAGACAAACUGACAGUGGAGGGCAAAGGUCGUGUGGCACCAGACCAGCCACUGUUGGACGUGCUUAGACAAGAUCCUUCAUCAAGGUUGCGCCUGUUCACAUGCUCAGAGCAGACCCAUUGGGAUUAAUGAAUAUGACUAACUUAGGGCCAUUAAUUAAAACAGGUCUGCUCUGAGAAGGACUAGUAUUGAGUGCAACUGAUGCAAAGUACACUCUCUACCUCAGAGCUAGAACCUCAGUCCAAUAUGAGGUACAGAGCUUAUCUGGAUGGAGGUGGAAGCACAGGUGUAGGCAAAGCAUCCUGUGGGAAGUUAGCUCAAUGGAGAGCAGCAGCAAAGUACUCAUAGGGCCAGAAAAUAGUCAGCCGUCGUCUGGUGCAACAGACAUGCACACUCACCAUUGAAACAUAUACCCUCCCACCCCCAUCAAUUCACAUUGUCUGGAUUGUUGUGCAUUUCAGUGAGAGAGCAAAGAAUGCACAAUACCUGCAUUGCCUGAAAAACAGUGAAUAAUUUCUGAGGGCCAAGCUAAAAGUGAUACCUUGUUGAGUGGGGCAUUUGGGGGGGGGGGGCUGUGGUGCACAAAAAGAAGUUUCCUCCUUCACAACCCCUUACCAUGGUAUUUAUAGAAGCUUAUGACAAAUUACAGCCACAAGGAAUGAUAAUGUUCAUCAGGACUGCAUAUAAAAUUACCUCCCUUUGCACCAGGAUCCUUAACAAAACUUGGCCCUCAAAGUUGGCUAUCUACUACGUAAAAACAGAAAUAUGUCAAAUUCAAAUAACACAUUUAACCUAACAUUGUGUUUUAUCGAUGUUGUUUUAAAAGCUGCCUUGAGUCCAGGCCUGGGGGAAAGACAUGAUAUAAAUAAAUCACUAUAAUAAUAACAGUAAUAGUGAUAAUAAACUUAGUUUGACUCUAAAUAUGACUGAGAUGGGCGAGCAAACUGAGCCAAGCCUGGAUAGAUGGGUUCAUAGGACAGAUGGAUGAGGAGCCAUGAAAGAUUCACAAAAUAUUCAGGCCACAUGAAUGGAUUAGUCAUACAGUGGUACCUUGGUUGUCGAACGCCUUGGCUCCCAAACAAAUCGGCUCCCGAACGCCGCAAACCCGGAAGUGAGUGUUCCGGUUUGCAAACGUUUUUCAAAAGCCGAACAUCUGACGUGGCUUCCAUGGCUCCCGAUUGACAGCAGAAAGCUCCGACAACCAAGGUACCACUGUACUUUUGUCAGAUGAGGAUAUGAGAGAGAUACGUUAGGGAAGGAGUUUGCAUGGUGUGCAUGGCAGUGCCCAAAGUUGCAGAGUGGGGAUACGUUCUCCAAAGAGGUAGAGAUCCGCUCAUAACUACCCAAUCAAACACAAAAAAUGAUGAGCUGACUCAAAGUUUCACAUUUUGGAUGAUGAUCUUGAAAAUCAAUGACGGAAGAAAAUCAACUGUCCAAGCACACUCGAGCCCAGACAUUCCUGCUUUUGGAAACUACAAGUGCCAAGGUCUCCACUCAACUGCUCCUGCUCUAGUUAUGCUGCAAGACUCCCAUUUUUCUCUCGGCUUGUGUAAGAAUUUCCCUGCUGAUAACACUGGAAGGAUGGAGACGUGAGCAGGCAGGAGUUCAAUAGAAUAGAUGGAAGAAAUCACUGCCACAAGCAAAGGACAGCAAUGAAUGUACAGUGGAAUACUGGUUCUCAAACGGCUUGAUGAACAAAUCAGCUCCCAAACAUCGAAAACCCAGAAGUAAGUGUUCCGGUUUUUGAACAUUCUUCGGAAGCCGAACAUCCAGUGCAGCUGUCAGCUAUUGUUUCUGGGCACCUGCACCAAUCGGAAGCUGCGCCUUGGUUUUCGAACAUUUUGGAAGUCAAAUGGACUUCCGGAACAGAUUACAUUCAAGAACCAAGGUACCACUGUAGAGACAAACACAAGCCCUCAUGCAAAGAAAAAUGCAAAUUUAUAUGCACAUUCAUAUAAAUGGCUAGAGCCAACAUCAGAGCCAACAAAUAUUUGACAUACUGGCACUUCUUGACAGUUUUUGAAGAUGGUGGAUCUAAAAUUGUGGUACUGGCAAGUUAACCCAGUGAACCCAGUAUUAGAUAAAAGUGUUUGCGUCCAGUGAAACAAAGGAAGAGAGUAACAGAAGACAUUACAGAAUGUCCUACCUCUCUCAUCAGAAUUAGAAGAGACCCCAUAUUUAGAAGAGACCCCAUGGGCUGCCAGGGUGUGGCCUCAGCCAUCUACAACUUCCUUCCCACACCUACUCCCUGGUUACUCCUUGCUUCAAUGUUAGCAGGUGGUCUGCUUAGUGCACUCAUUAGCAUUCGGUUUGGGGCUUAGAACUCCAGAUUCAAAUCACUCCUCAGCCAUGAAGCUCACUGUGUGGCCUUUCUAAAUCACUUUGCACAACAAGUUUAUCAGAAACAAGCUGAUAAGAAUUGGAUGAACUGGUCCUUUAGGCAGAGUGCCGGAAAAGGGAGAAGGAGAGCUCUCCCAACAGAGUGAAGUUACUCUGUAGGACUAGGCACAAACAUUACAUGGGGAGAACAGAGAGGGUUCCCAAAGAUCCUACACCAAGCCACUAAUCCAAAAUUUAGAUAAUAUUAAUUGUUAUAGAAGCCAUAGAUGAUCUUGCAGGUGUGAAGUUUGUGUAUAAUGGAUUUUGUUUUUGUUUUAAAAUAUAUUUAUUAAAGUUUAAAGAAAAAGGAGGAAUAAUAGUAAUGGAAGUACGUGGGUGGCACUGUGGGUUAAACCACAGAGCCUAGGACUUGCUGAUCAGAAAGUCGGGGGUUCGAAUCCCCGCGACGGGGUGAGCUCCCGUUGCUCAGUCCCUGCUCCUGCCAACCUAGCAGUUCGAAAGCACAUCAAAGUGCAAGUAGAUAAAUAGGUACCGCUCUAGCGGGAAGGUAAACAGCGUUUCCGUGCGCUGCUCUGGUUCGCAAGAAGCGGCUUAGUCAUGCUGGCCACGUGACCCGGAAGCUGUACGCCGGCUCCCUCGGCUAAUAAAGCGAGAUGAGCGCCGCAACCCCAGAGUCGGCCACGACUGGACCUAAUGGUCAGGGGUCCCUUUACCUUUUAACAGUAGUACAGAACCCAUGAUUCAACAUAAUUCUAUCAUUUAUAUCAUUAAGGGCAGGACAAAUGGUAGCAGAUAGAAUCCACUGGGCAAUGUGAAUUUUUAAAUGGCAACCCAUAGCCUGGCUUUAAGUAAGGAAUUGUCAUAGUGGAAUUGCACCGUGACAGAAUUCCUACCAUGUGGGUUUCCUACAUCCCUACCUGCAUCUGCAAUUACUACAAUGACAGUCAAAUUUAGAAACAGAUGCCUUUGGAUUCUUGCACCAUGGGUUGAUGACAAAGUGUAGAAAUAUGAGUGGUGGGUGAAGGAAAGGCUGAAGUUAUGGGAUAUUUUAUGUUGAACACUGGAAAUGACAUCUCUUUCUUCCCUCACAGAGACGACUGUGUCAGCAGAUGCUGAUUAUAGUGAUGAGAAAAAGGAGGAACUGGAUAACUUGUGGGUGACCAUCUUUGUUUUCUUCCUGCUCUUCAUCCUCAGUGUUUGCUAUAGUGCCACCGUGACACUGUUCAAAGUGAGUAGAGGAGAAGCGAUACUACAUAUCCACACUUGCAUCUUACAUAAACACUGCAGAGAUGGGGGGGGAGAGACAAAAUAAUAAAAAAAAAAAAUAAAAAAAUUAUUUAUACCCCGCCCUCCCUGGCCAGAACCGGGCUCAGGGCGGCUAACACCAAUAAAAUUACAAUAAAAUGUAAUAGGAAAAAAAAGUUAAUUAAAUUACGGGUUAAAAUACAAUUUAAAAUGCAGUCUCAUUUUAGUAGUAGCCCAUAAAUCAAAACCAUAAGGGGAGGGAAACAUAAGGGUCAGACUGAGUCCAAACCAAAGGCCAGGUAUAACAGCUCCGUCUUGUAGGCCCUGCGGAAAGAUGUCAAAUCCCGCAGGGCCCUGGUCUCUUGUGACAGAGCGUUCCACCAAGUCGGGACCAGUACUGAAAAGGCCCUGGCCCUAGUUGAGACCAAUCUAACCACCUUGUGGCUCGGGACCUCCAAAGUGUUGUUAUUUGUGGACCUUAAGGUCCUCCCCGGGGCAUACCAGGAGAGGCGGUCCCGUAGGUACGAGGGUCCUAGGAUAAGGCUGAAAUAUUAGUACGGUUUAUCGUAAAUUAGUGAAUGGUUCUGUGGAGGACUUAGCAUAUACCUUUACACUGUGUCAAACAGUCCAUUAAAAUCAGAAGAAUGGAUGAAGAAAAAGAUUUGACUUGUUGGUUGGCAAUACAAGUUGAGGAAUAGGAGGAUGGGGAAAAGAUGACAAGGAAAGAUUUUAUUAUACAUUGCCAAAAGGACGUACUUCUUCAUAGUUAAACAGUGGAAUUUGCUCCCCCAAGAGGCAAUGUUGGCCAUUCAGCUUGGAAAGCUUUAAAAGAGGGUUAGACAAAUUAAUGGAUAAGGUUAAGACUGACUAAUACCCGCAAAGACAAUGUUUUACUUCCAUUGUUGAAGGCAGCAUGCCUCCUAGAACAACUUGUGAGUAUAGCACCUUCAAGUCCUGCUUUGAGGCUUCCAACAGGGGCAUCUGAUUGGUCACUAAUAAUAAAUAUAAUUUGCAUAUUAUUAUUCUUCCAUGCUCAUGUCUGUUCUACGUCUUUCUUUAUCCCCACCCCCACUCCUUCCCACAGGUAAAAUGGCUCUUCUCUAGGAUGCUGCAGCUGAAGAAGCAGCCACCAGGCCCUGACUAUAAGAAUGUGAUCCAACGAGUGGCCUAG